UGCAACCACGGAGAAAUGGGGUCUCACACCGAAGAUGGGCAGCAGCCCCAAACUGUUUGCUGGGAGGCGCUGGCACACAGAGGCGGCGCAGAGCCGGCCCCAGGCGCCGGCCGGGGCGGGCGCAGGACAGGACGCGCGUCUGCGCCCCCGCUGGCCCCGGCGCGGCUGCUCCGCCGCGGCCGCGUGGUGGCGCGCGAGGGCCCUGCCGCGCGCACGCUGUCCCCGCCUGCUCAAGGGGCGUGGUCUUCGGGAGCGUGGCUUCCGCAUGCACCGCCCAGUCGAAGGCGUGGUCCCCCCGCGCCCCACCCCAGCCCCGCCCCGAGAUGUCGUCAUAUCCUGGCCGCCGCUGUGCGUGCUGCACUCGCUGUCGGAGCUGCCCGGACGCUCUGGCUGUGUAGGAGCGACCCCGCCAGGAUGUCAGCCAAUAUCCCUGGAAGUUCAAAUGUGGCUGCCGGCAGUAAUCGUCGUCUUCAGCAGACUCAGCACCAAGUAGAUGAGGUUGUUGACAUCAUGCGAGUGAAUGUGGACAAGGUCCUGGAGCGAGACCAGAAGCUGUCAGAACUGGACGACCGUGCUGAUGCACUGCAAGCAGGAGCUUCCCAGUUUGAGACCAGUGCUGCCAAGCUGAAAAGAAAGUACUGGUGGAAGAACUGUAAGAUGUGGGCAAUAUUGAUAGCUGUUGUUCUCAUUAUCAUCAUCAUCAUUAUUGUCUUGACUGUGCCUUCGUGAGCUCCACGGAGAAACUCAUCAACUGAAGGUGCCGAUCUUCAGCCUCUCCACUUCAGACCUGCUGCAUUUUCAGCCUAUUUCCUGCUGUUCAUUGCUAAAUUUUUGAUUACUGACACGUUAACUAACUUCACCCGGUUGCCUUAAGACACUCCGUUACAAGUUACUAACCAGCACAGCCUGCCACUUGCACAGUGCCUGGAUAACUGGGGCACGGCGCUGGGGAGGGGGAUUUGUCUUCAGAGCUCCCGUGGUCGGGGCAGUAACUGGCUCUGUAGCCAGGUCAGGGGUUUACCCUCCGUCCUCCUCCUCGCCAGCCCCGCUCGGUGCCACCGCCGUGCCUGUGCCCAGCCCGCGCCCUGCGGGGAAGCGCCCGUUUCUCCCGCCGCUCAGCCCUGUGGCGCGCUGGGCGCCGCCGUUCCCGCGGAGCGGGUCGGGCCCCGCCUCCCCGCGGCGGGGCCGCACGUGGCAGCGGGGCAGGCGCGCGCAAGGGGGCCGCGUGCGGCGGAGCGUGAUGGGCGGGGCGGGCCCCCCGCGGCCGCUCGCCCCGCCCCGCUGCCCGACUUGCAUCCAAUAAAGCGCCUCUGAUUCUGA